UUCCAUAAAAGCAAAUUGCACAUAGAAUUAAGGGCUACAAUCCAAUAUUAGAAACAUUGAACCUUUAUAUGGGGUCAAGAAAUCUCAAGCCCUAUAUAUGUACUCCUUAACUUCCCCCGACAAUCCCAUAAACUUUCCAAUCAAAAAAUCACCAUGGGGAGGAGGAAAAUUGAGAUGAAAAUGGUGAAAGAUAGCAGCUCUAGGCAGGUGACCUUCUCCAAGAGAAGGACUGGUCUGUUUAAGAAAGCAAAUGAGCUUGCUACUCUGUGUGGUGCUGAGAUUGGUGUCAUUGUUUUCUCCCCUGGAGGCAAGCCCUUCUCAUUUGGGCACCCAGAUGUGGAGUCAAUUGCUGACAGGUUUCUAAAUCAGGAGGGCUCAAAAUCAAAAGCUGGUUCUUCAAAUUCAAAGAAUGAUGAAACAGUGGAGAGGCUUAGCCAACAACUUGAUGACCUGAACAAGAAGUUGGAGGCUGAGAAGAAAAGGGGACAUAUGCUUGACAAGGCAAUACUGAAAGCAAAGGGUUUGCCCCUCAAGAGCAAAUCAUCAAAUGUUCAUGAGCUGAGCCAGGCAGAUCUUCAAAAAAUGAAGGAGUCUCUGGAACAGCUGCGCGAGAAGGUGAAAGCCAGGGCCUGUGAGAUGGAGGCGUCAUCUUCAUUGCUGCUCCUGGCAAACGAGCCUGAUAUAGAGACUGAUAGGACUGUUGCUAAAAAUGAGUGAGAAACCUUAUUUGAUUCAUUUUGUUAGGGCUACCAUGAAUGUCUCUCUUUCUGCUAAUGAUAUGUUGGUGUUAGGUAGAUUUGGUUGUUCCUGAGGUAGAUUUUCCUAAUAUGUGUAAUGGGUUGAAAGAUGAACUUAUGUUUGUUGGUA